CCACGUGAGCCAUGAUUGGCGAUUUAUUGAUGAUAUUCUUCGAAACAUUGGUGGUUAUCGAUGUGAAAUAGCUCAUAAAUGGACAGAAAUAUUUCUAACAGGUGACUACGCAACAUUCAUUGACGAUAGCCGCGGUGGCAAACAUUUCUCGUCUUUCUAUGACAUAUUUCCAGAACUAGAGAUCUUAUAGACAGUUCAUUCCACGUUAAAGAAAAGUUCAAGUCAAAUUGUAUUGACGAACAUAUACAGAUAUUUUCGAUUUCGUUUUUCUUCAUCUUCAUUUUCUCGUAUAGAAAAAGGCAAUAGAAAAUUAUGUCUAAGCAAAAUCUUAUGCUAUUACAGCUUCCUCCCAAAAAUCCGCAGAUUUUACGGCAGCUGAUUUGGCCAAAUUUAUUGACAUAAAAUACUGCGAAAUUACUGAAACAGUGAAAACCGAUGAUCAACUCAUUCGCUCAAAGCGAAGUUGUUGGCUCGAUCUGAGACGGUGGGGAGCGAAAUUUACAGCUAGUAGUAAUCGUCCAUAUUUUGAAGGACAUGAAAGAUCGGAUGUGGUUACUCACCGGGAAAACUUUGUUUCUUAUUUUCUCGAUCGAAAAGAUCAUUACUAUACAGUUACAAUUGGUGAACAAACUCCAUUCUUUAGCAAGGGCCGUGGUGGACGCCACAUGAUUUCAGAUUUUCUAGUAUCUCAUCCUUCCGGCCUAUUUUUCUCUCUCACCGAAGCAGAAUUCAGACAAGCAUCAGAACAAUAUCCGAGUUUGCUUCAUGAUAAUGACUUGAACUAUGUCCAACAUUCGGCUACAGCAAGUAUCAAUCUUGGAAAAGCAGCAUAUUUCAAUAGUGACACAAUUAUAGGACAAUUUGAAAAACUCUUUCGGUUACUUCCGUUCAAAACAGAAUACAAAGGCCACGAUGUGGAAACCAUAGUUGACAAUGCUAGAACGCAUUCGGCCAAAGAAUACACUAUGAAUGAUUUUGGCAAGGGCAUUGGAACUCGGUGCCCAGUCCAGUUCAUCGAGUACGUGGAUGAAAAAGGUUUAGUAACUCAACGAAGUGUUUUAUUGGCUAAUUUUUCCGUUAACCAUGUCAAAAUUGUUCAUGCCGAUAUGAUGUUGUCUGAUGUGGUUGAAUUACUGGACAAUGCAACACGUCUCAAGUCAAUGAAUGACAAUUACAGAAGAAAACCGAGAAUACCUACUAAAUUAGUAACAAAGAAACAAAUUGAACAAUUACAAUCAAAAAAUAUUUCCUCGGACUGUCAACGACUUUCAAAAAUAUUUUACAUUCUUGCUUUGUUAAAUAAGAAUAAUGAUAACAACGAUACAUUUACUUCUAUGGCUGACGAGAUUAUCUUAGAUGAACGUAAUCGAUAUGUUUUAGCAACCGUAGAAAUGUUAAUGGAUAAAUCAUCAUUAAAUAUAAAAUACUUUUAUUUAGUUUAUGGUAAAGAACAUUAUAAUGGAAUUGAACGUGGCUUAGUCAAACUAGGUUUUCGUAAAACUGCAAGCACAUACAUGACAACAGCCCUUGUAAGUCCAUAUUUAUUACAAAAACCCAAUGCACAGUGUGAACAGUUUAAGAAAAUGCUUCAUAACAUUUGA